AUGGAGGACGGCAAGUCAAUAAAAAUAUCUUUUCCUUUUUCCUGUGUCGAACCUCCGCUCUUCGCGCGCGACGGCUACAAUCUGCAAAGUCUCCCAGCGAGAGCGAUGCCUGCCAAGGGCACGCCCGCGUGGCACGCCGCGCAGAAGGCGCAGGCAGGCGGCAAGCCGCAGGUCGACAAGACGUUUGGCAUGAAGAACAAGAAGGGCAAGGCCGUGCAGGCCAAGUUCCACACGCAGAACGGCGGAGCCGACAAUGCGGCGCAAGAGAAGCGGCGCGCAGAGAUGAAGAAGGCGGAGCAGGAAGCGAUGAACGCGCUGCUGUUCCAGGCGCGCUCCGCAGCCCACCCCGGCCACAGGCGGCUGCGCGCGCCCGAGUGA